UGAAGUACAGUAUGGAGAUAUAUUAGUAAUCAAUGUAACCACUAAUAGUAAUCCAAUGUAUUAUCAACAAUACAAUGGGCCAUUGAAUUAUGAGCUUGAUAGCAAUAAUGGAUUAAUACCAUUGGAACAUAAUGACUAUCCACUGAUAUCAGUUGUAGUAGAGCCAAUAACUGAUUUCCUGUCUUCUACUCUUUCUUCCACUGCUAUUACAAAUACAAUAAUAAGCUUUGCCACAUUAAGAAGCUUUACAGCUGCCGUAUCAACAGAAUCAACAGAAGUUACUUUUAGUGCAUUAACAAGCUCAAUGAUGAGUACACCAGUUAGUACAUUACAAAGUACAGGCAAUAAUACACUAAUAAUAGCAGGAAGUAUUAGUACAGCAGUAUUUAUAUUACUGGUAGUUACUAUACUAGUAAUAUUAAUAGUGAGUGUAUUAGUGUGUAGGAGAAGAUGGAAUAAAACAUCAAAUGGAAAUGAUACUUUCAAUUUUGUUGAAAGGAAAGCUGAUAAAGAUCAACAAUCAGAUGGACAAAGAAUGAAUAUUACACUAACAUCAUCAACUAAUCCUGCAUAUGGAGUUUCUGGUGAAACUUCUGGUGUAUCUACUAAUCCUGCCUAUGGUAUUAACAUUGGAGGAAUAGAAAGUAUUGAUGAAGAAUCAUUAGUAUAUGAUCAACCAAGAACAAUGAUGUAUAAUAAACAAGAGGUAUAAGUUAAUACACUAUUGUGAUAUUUAUUUAUUGCAUAAAACCAUUAGCUUUAGGUCAUAUUAAAUUAUUUAUUAAUAUCUAUAAGUUGCAUCACAAUUAAUAGGAGGAUUUUAAAUUAGUUAGUAUGGGUAUAGUCAGUCAUUCGGAAUCCUACUUGCCACCAUUGUUUGCAUUACAUUUGAUUUAAGCACAGAGUGAAACUUUAAUCUUUUUUAAAGUUUUGUAUCAUAAUUUAAUUUUGUGUUAUUAUUUAUAAC